UCAAACUUUUUUUGAAACAUUGGGUAUCGAAAAUCCAGCACAUCGCUACCAAACUUUAAGAACUUAUCGGCGGUUUCGGCUUAAUGGCAAAUUUUAAUAGAAUGAGAAGUAAUAUAACUUUUGAUUAGUUGCAGCUCUAUGAAUACAUAAUGUGUGGGAGAACUUGCCUUACAUUGGAGCCUCAAGAGGUUCUUUGUGCCUGCAGAUAUUCGUCAGAAAAUUUAAAGUCUGAAGACUCAACAUGCCAUUCUUCUAAAAAUGGAGGCCAAAAAGAAACCACCUCGACUCGGGAUAGUACCUUUGUAACACCUGAGUGGCGUCCAGAGUUUAACUGCGGCCGUAAAUACCAGCCGUCGUAUAAUAUAACUCCCACUGAUAUUACACCUGUGAUUAUAUCAACUGAUCAUUUCUGUGACAAUGGUGAUAGCGAGGGAUGUAACCCGCAAUCGAGGGUGGUUGUACCUAUGAUGUGGGGAAUGAUUCCAUUUUGGCACAAAGGCGACUAUCGUCGUCAUGGACUCUCUACUAACAACUGCCGGUUAGAGCAUAUGCUGGAGUCAAAGUUAUAUCGAGGUCCAUUUCGAAGAGGUCAGCGAUGCGUAGUGCUGUGUGAAGGUUUUUAUGAGUGGCAGACAACAAAAUCAGCUAAACCUUCAGAACGUGCCGCGCAUCUUUUGUAUAUGCCCCAAUCAGAUGGCGUAAAGAUGUAUGAUAAAACUACAUGGACUCCUGCAAACAUUCAACUUCUGAAAAUGGCAGGACUUUUUGACAUGUGGGAUGAUGAGAAUGGAGACAAAAUGUUUAGUUACAGUAUCAUAACGUUUGAGUCUUCGGCUAUAAUGUCAUGGCUACAUCAUCGGAUGCCUGCAAUACUAGAAACAGAGCAGCAAGUGAAUGACUGGCUUGACUUUAAGCGCGUCUCCGACGAUGAAGCCUUAGCGACGCUACGUCCCGUCAGUAAAUUGCAAUGGUAUCGUGUUUCAAAUCUCGUUAACAAUUCACGUAACAAAUCUGAACAGUGUAAUCAGCCUAUAGAUUUGCAGCAAAAAUCGACAGCGUCGAAAGAAAAAAAUAUUAAAAAUAAAACAUUAAUGACUUGGUUGAAUGUACGAAAGCGUCGCGAAGAGCAAGCAAAACAAUUAAGUGAUGAUGACGAGAGUACAACCGGGUUUGGGGGUGGGAGCGGAGGAGGAAGUACGGCAAGUGAAAGUGAGGUUGAAAAUCUUCCAAAACGACCCCGUUUUCGCGAUUACAAAAGAGCUGUAAGAGAGGCGGCUUUACUACAUGGUGCCGCAUCGACAGAUAGUGCAAGCGAAAAGCCGCAAACUUGUGAUGAAAGCUAAUUUCCUGAAUGUAAAUUCACGCCUCAGUCAAGUUUUUCAUUAUCAUAUUUCAUUGUAACUAAAUAUAAGUUUCCUGGAUUAAAAAAAAAAACAUAUUA